AGCCCCGAUAAUGCCAUCUAAUAAAUCCGUCUCAGACGCGCCGAUCUUCCAGUUCACGAACUGCCGUAUCCUGCGGAAUCACGAGCUGCAGAGGGAGGACCUGUGGGUGCGAGAAGGGAAGAUUCUCAACCCGGAGAAGCUUUUCUUUGAUGAGAAGGCAUCUGCCGACAUCCAACUGGACUGCAAGGACAGCAUCAUUGCCCCUGGUUUCAUUGAUGUGCAGAUCAAUGGAGGCUUUGGGGUUGAUUUCUCCCUGGCUACCGAUGACUUCAAGUCAGGGAUUGACCUGGUUGGUCAGAAAAUCCUCUCCCAUGGAGUGACCUCCUUCUGUCCCACGCUGGUGACUUCUCCCCCAUCUGUGUACCACCAGAUCCUCCCUCAGAUCAGUGUAAGAAAUGGUGGAGCCCAUGGAGCAGGUAUCCUGGGGGUCCAUCUGGAAGGACCGUUUAUCAGCAAGGAGAAGAAGGGGGCGCACCCGGAGCGCUGCCUCCGCACCUUCGAGGCAGGCGCCUUCCAAGACCUGCUUGCUACGUACGGGAGCCUCGACUGUGUCCGCAUAGUCACCCUGGCCCCGGAGAUGAAGAGGAGCAGCGAGGUGAUCCGGGAGCUCACCAAGCGGGGCAUCUGCGUCUCACUUGGUCACUCGGUGGCUAAUCUCUCCCAGGCAGAGGAGGCCGUGCAGCAGGGUGCUACCUUCAUCACUCACCUCUUCAAUGCCAUGUUGCCGUUCCACCAUCGUGACCCAGGCAUCGUGGGGCUGCUGACGAGUGACAAGAUUCCUGCUGGGCGGAGGGUCUUCUAUGGCAUGAUCUCUGAUGGCAUCCACACCAACCCGGCUGCCCUGCGCAUUGCCCACCGAGCACAUCCCAAAGGCCUGGUGCUGGUGACGGACGCGAUUGCUGGCAUGGGACUGGCACCUGGGCGGCAUACGCUGGGCCAGCAGGUAGUGGAGAUUGAUGGACUCAACACCUACAUUGCAGGCACCAAGACCCUGAGUGGCAGCGUGGCCACCAUGGACACGUGUGUGCGGCACUUCCUCGAAGCCACAGGGUGCUCCGUAGAGACCGCCUUGGAGGCAGCAUCUCUGCAUCCCGCCCAGCUCCUAGGGAUUGAGCAUGAAAAGGGAACCCUGAAUUACGACUCUGAUGCAGAUUUCCUGAUGCUCAGCGACAGUCUGUGUGUGCAAGCCACAUACAUCGCAGGCGAGCAGGUCUGGCGACGGAAUGCACCCGGCAUGUGACGCCGGUGUCCCCCGCAGCUCCCGGCCCCUGAGGGUGGCAGCUUUGGUAACCACCCCACUUCUCUCUUCCUUCCUGCAACUCCCUUGAAGGAGCCUCAUACCAAAGAGCUGUGUUUUCCAGCACAACCACUGCUUCCAGUCACAGCCAUGCCUGCAGCGAAUUUGUUGGUGCUCAAUUGGCGGAGCGGGGACAAGCAGGCAGAUCGGUGUUGUGGGGAAGAGGAGGGUGGUCGCUAAUCCCURGGGGGGCCUGAAGGGCUGCAGAGCUGUCCUGUACGGAGUCCCCAGGCAGAGGUGCUGCCAUCACUGUCUUGGAACAGCGUGCGGCUCGUCCCAGCCUCAGCACUGAUUCAUCCAGCACACGCUGUCCUGCCCGCUGCGCAGGGCCGGCUGCAGCCAUCCUUCCUCUCCCUGCUGUUUGCCUUAAUUGGAGGCCGCCGUACUUGACUGCACAUCACCUCCACCAGCUCAGCUUGCAGCUCUUCAUGUUCAAAGGCAGAGGCGGAGGAUCCCGUUCUGAGAUCUCUGGGAAGCCCCAGAACUUCCUCUGUCAUGUGGCUUCUGGAGCCGCUUGCUGACCUGGCGCCGCUGUGGGGCUCUGUUUCAGUGGGGCUGAAUCCUCAGGGCAGGGAUCAAACCCAAGAACACAAGGCACUGCUGGCCCUUUGUGCCUUCUCCUGCACUGGCAUAGAGCCCUCAGCCUGCGCUUUCUGCUGGAGACACGGACAACAUCCCACCCCAGGAAGCGGUGUCCUCUUAACGCUUUGUUCUGGCUCUGGCCUCUGCACCCCGUGAGGGGCUGGCGUGUUCCUCGAGCCCCAGGAGUGGUGUUUCUGCUUUCGGGGGMUACGUCCAGCCCGGUAGUGGCUGUUUCACAAGCCCUUGGUCCRGCCUGGGGACUAAGGGCAAGACGACAGUGGCGUUCUGGCCUCCCAGGACGGCUAGCGACAGCUCAUUGCUCCCCGCUCGUGUCAUCUCUCCCGUACUUGACUGUCGCCUAAUGUUCUGGCACUUUAAAACUUCUGAGGACUGAGUGUGACUUUGAACCUACGAAAAGCCUUGUCGUGAGUCCUGGCCUCAGCAUGAGGAGUCCCAGACCAGAGCUGGGCACAGCAGGGCUGCCGAGCGUGGCCCAGGUCUCGCCAGAGCUCKUCGAAGGGGGCGGAUUUUUCCCCAGUACCUUUUUAUAUCCAUUCCCAGUACCCUUU